GAUUGAAACAGCCGGCUUCGACAGUUCCAAAGUGCAAUGCCAAUGGUUCCUUGCCCAACUGAAGCGUUUUGGGACAUGACAUGACCUGUUAAUGAGUUUGACGAUGCGACAUUCAUAGUUGGCAAGGUUGUGACGCUGAGCUGGGAUCUUCCCGUGCAAUUCAAAGGCCCACACUUUUGCUGAGGGAACAUGUUUCUUUGAGCUUCCACGUUUUUCUCAAUUUGCUUUGUUUUCUCAAAUUCUCUUUGGUGUUUGUGGAAAGCCGUCAAGAUUGCAUAGCUUUGGUGUUCAGUCAGUAUGCAGCAAAAGGCGGUUGUCAACAUUCAAACGCUGGGUAUGGUAUAUACCCUACGUCAACCGGACUUUAUCACCCUGCUGAUAGCCAAGUUGUGAAGAUUCAGUCACGUUUCAACACCAUUGAUCGGGCUCCGUGAUCUUUUCCAAGCGCCCGGUACUUUUUCUGUCUCCAACAUGAACAGCAAAGAGCCCAUUUUUAAUUCCAUGAGAAUCUGGAAUCUCUCCUGUGUGAAGAGAUAUGAUGAAAGAUGCAUCUGCUUUUGCGCUGUCAGAUGAGUUCCCGGCACCCCUGGACCUUGAGUUCAGUCGGGAUUUGGAAUGUCCAAGAUCGACGUGUGAGUUUCUACAUCCGCAUGUCAACGCUUCAAGCCAUUGUGCUUAAUGUCUGUGCUCGUGCACAGUUGUCCGAUGACUUUGAUUUGUCAAGCGUUGCUCCGGCACACCAGGAGGAUUCUGUGCAGUCGGGCAGCUUGCCGUGUGCAAAGAAGUGCUCAAGCGUUCUCUUGCAUGCUCAUUGUGCGGGAAGGGUGGCCGCAGCCAGCCACGCGCUGUCCAAGGAUCAAGCGCAAGCCUGACCAUCUGUCCACCGUGGACGCAUCGCUUUCUUUGUGCGGUUGUUAUUUUGGCCUUGGUGGAAGCACUGCGAAAAGGCCUUGCUAGAAUUCUGGGCACAGG